AUGUUCGACAAAAUUACAUUUUUUUCUUUUCUUUUUAAUUUAUUAAAUAUUGCUUUUUAUUUUAGUUUAUCAAAGGGUGAAAUAUGUUCAACAGCGACUUGGUCAAAAGACGGAAUAACAGUUGCAGGCGGAAAAGAUUAUGGAGAUAAACUUGACCAAUUAGCUCAUCCUUAUGGAAUAUUUCUUGAUGAUAAUGAUGAUGAUACGAUUUAUAUUGCAGAUCAUGAUAAUGAUCGAAUUGUUAUGUGGAAACAAAAUGCAACAAUUGGUCAAUGGGUUGCGGGUGUAAAAGAUAAAGAUACUACUGAAAAAUUUUCAUUAUUUAUGCCAGAAGAUAUGGUGGUAGAUAAAAAUGGCACAAUUUAUAUCACUGAUAGUGGAAAUCAUCGUGUUGUUCGUUGGUAUCGAGGUGAAGAUGAUGGUGAAGUUCUUAUUGAUAAUAUUCAAUCUUAUGGAAUCGGACAAGAUAAUCAAGGAUUUAUUUAUGUAUCAGAAUAUGCUGAUGGAAAAACAACAAAAUGGAAUUUUAAUGAUAAUGAAUUCGGUGGAGAAAUUGUUGCAAUUGUUAAAAUAAUUGAAGGAAAUGAUGAACCCAUUCUUGUUGCUGGACAAUCAGAUAAAUCAGGUGAUGAUUUCGAUAAAUUUGACGAACCAUCCGGUGUUUAUGUUGAUGAACAAGAAACAAUUUAUGUUGCAGACUCACGAAAUCAUCGAAUUAUGCGUUGGUUGAAAGAUGCUACAAAUGGAACAUUAAUUGCUGGUGGAAAUGGUCAAGGUUCUUCAUCCGAUCAAUUCGAUCUUCCUUCGGAUGUAUCUCUUGAUCGAGAAGGAAAUUUAUAUGUUACUGAUAUGAUAAAUAAUCGCCGAAGUAUUUCUACUCCGCCCUUCAGUUUCUUCUUUGGUCAUUUCAAAACAUUAUGGAAUGUUCCAUCGUCUUAUCGCCAACUUGAAAAUUGGACAAAACAAUAUGGCAAGAUCUAUGGAAUCUAUGAAGGAACUCAUCCUGUUUUAGUUGUUAGUGAUCCUGAUUUUCUUCAAGAAGUCUUUAUUAAACAAUUUUCUGUUUUUCAUGUUCGAAUGAUUACUAUGCUAGAAGAUAUAGGCCACAAUCUCGCUUUUUCAAAUGGUUCAUCCUGGCGUCGUCAACGUCAUGUAAUCAAUCCAUCAUUCACUGCAAUAAAACUCAAGACAAUGAGUCCUCUGAUCAAUGGAGCUAUUAGCGAUGUAAUGGAUAAACUACUAGAGCAUUCAAACAGUGGUGAUGAAUUCAAUAUUUACCUGUAUUACAAACGAUUAACUAUGGAUAUUAUAUGUCGAUGUGCAUUUGGAAUCGAUAUUGAUUUACAACAUAAUCCAAACCAUAUUUAUCUUAAUAAAUUAGAAGGAUUAUUUGAUAACCAUUGUGUUCUGAAAAGUCCUAUAUUCAAAGUGACUCAACUAAUACCUGAAAUUAGAAAUAUCCUCGGUCGAUUAUACGUUGUUCAUAAUACUGUACGAAAGUAUAUUAAUACAAAAGUUUUACCAUUAAUAUCAUCAACAAAACAGUUAGAUGAAUCAGCAUAUAUGUGGCUGCAGAAUCGGCUACAUACAAUUGUCGAGCAACGCCAAGAAACACCUAUAUCAAGAAAGGAUCUUCUUCAACUUAUGUUACAAGUAAUGACCAAAGAACCAAUUCAGGAUACGACGGAAGAUGAUUCUAAAACAAACUAUCGGCUAUCAAAAGAUGAAGUGGUAGGUAAUACUCUAAUUUUCAUGGCAGCAGGAUAUGAAACAACAUCAACUGCUUUGGCUUAUGCUACAUAUGUACUAGCCAAAUAUCCAGAUGUUCUUAAAAAACUUCAAGAUGAAAUUGAUCAACUUCCAAUAGACAACGAUGAUACUACCAAUGACGAAAAAAUAAAAGAAUAUCCUGAUUAUGAUACUGUUACACAUUUAUCGUAUAUGGAUAUGUUUAUUUCAGAAGUAUUGAGAAUGUAUCCAAUUACUAAUAUAGCUAUUCAACGAUGUGCUAUGGGAAAUACAGUUGUCCAAGGAAUUGACAUUGAAAAAGGUACUUCUGUGUAUCCUGAUAUUUAUUCGAUUCAUUAUGAUCGUGAAUUGUGGGGUCCUGAUGAUCCAUAUAUUUUUCUGCCAGAACGUCACAAAAUAAAACGUCAUCCAAUGGCGUUUAUGGCAUUUGGAGCAGGUCCACGAAAUUGUAUCGGUAUGCGUUUUGCAUUGAUCGAAAUGAAAAUGUUAUUGACAAGACUUCUUCGAGAAUAUACGAUUCUUCCAGGUGAACAUCUUGAAAAUAAUUUCAACAUCCAUGAAGAAUUACUAAUGGUACCAGAAGCAAUCUGGAUCAAAUUACUCAAAAGAGAACCAUAA